AUGCCCACAGCUAAGAUAAACUGCUCAGCAGUGCAACAACUACUAUCUCAGGAAAAAUGUAAGCCUAAUAGCUCGUCUUCGUCAGUACCUAACCUCAUCACCACACCCUAUGGACUCGCGCUACUCGAAAUCCAAGGAGAAUUGAACCUACCUCAUACCAAACCUGAUAUCUCAUUGGAUCAGUUGCUGCCACUAGAUCAGGAAAAGAUGAAGAAUUUUGUCACUGUGGAUGAUGUAUAUGACGCGGUGAAGUUUGGGCAUCUUCAAUUUGAUAGCAAAGAUGAACUGAGGGUUACGCUAUUCAUUGGCAAGAGUCAACGAUUGAUUGGUAAUGUUGUUAAGUUGGAUAUUCCAUUGGGUGUAUUGAAAGUCCCAUUAAGGCAGGAGAUACGAAACGAGGAUGAUGAUGACGUCGAUAUGGAUGCAGAGCAAGAGAUUCAAAUGAUUGAUAUAGUGCGUGCAAAGAUGAUUUUCAAACAGCGUCCUUUACCUAUAAUGUAG